AUGCUACGACAGGCCUCGCGAGCGAGCACGGCACUCACGAGGAGCGCAAUGGCGAGUGAAGGCAGUUUUGCAUCACGGCGCUUGCUCGCGACCCAUCGAACGGUCGAGGGUUUCGUUGGCGCACUCGGCAAUACUCCUCUGAUCAGGAUAACAAGGCUAUCGGACGAGCUGGGGUGUCAUAUCUUGGGCAAGGCGGAGUUUCAGAACCCGGGCGGCAGCGUCAAAGACCGUGCAGCUCUUUAUGUCGUCAAGCAUGCAGAGGACGCGGGGACGCUGAGGCCGGGAGGUACAGUCGUAGAAGGCACGGCGGGUAAUACCGGUAUCGGACUGGCGCAUGUCUGUCGUUCGAAAGGCUACCGACUCGUCAUCUUUAUGCCAAACACGCAGAGCCAGGAGAAGAUCGACUUGCUGCGCAUGCUCGGCGCCGAGGUCUAUCCUGUGCCGGCAGUAGCUUACGACAAUCCAGAAAACUUCAAUCAUCAGGCGAAACGCUACGCAGAGAAGCUCGACAAUGCAGUUUACACGGAUCAAUUCGAUAAUGUUGCGAAUCGUCAGGCGCACAUCGAGACGACAGGCCCAGAGAUCUGGGAGCAGACUGAUGGCGGCAAAUUAGACGGCUUCACUUGCUCGUCAGGCACAGGCGGCACCCUUGCCGGCGUCACUAGAUACCUCAAAGACAAGAGCAACGGCCGCAUCAAGUGCUACCUCGCAGAUCCGCCAGGCAGCGUGCUGUACAGCUACAUCAAGAGUGGCGGCAAGCUGAAGGAACGAGAAGGCGGUAGCAUCACUGAAGGCAUUGGACAAGGACGUGUGACGAACAAUAUGGCAAAUGAGAUUUCAGAGAUGGACGACGCGCUACUGAUACCAGACGAAGCGACGAUCAAGAUGGUCUACAAACUACUAGACGAAGAGGGGCUCUAUCUCGGUGCAUCUGCAGCGCUCAACGUCGUUGCCGCUGCAGAAAUGGCCAAGAAGCUCGGCAAAGGCAGCACAGUCGUCACCAUCCUGUGCGAUGGCGCCUAUCGCUACCAGACCAGGCUCUUCAGCAAGAAGUGGCUACACGAGAAGAAGCUCUACGACGCUGUGCCUCAGCAUCUGCAGAAAUAUGUCAUACUGGAUUAG